AUGACUAACAGACAUAUUAAAGGAAAUCGUAAAAGAAAACAAAUCGGAGGGACUGUGAAACUAGGUGGUAAGAUAGAAACCUUGAUGUCUCAAUCUCAUAAGGCAUUGAAAAUAAUGCAAUCCGAUGGAAAUGCAAGUAAAGAAGUUAAUAGUAGUUCUACAAUUGCUACAACAAUGAUUGUUAUAAAUCGGAUGGUCACCGAUGGUGUUUUGAAAAAGGGUAGUGAAUUGUGGUGCUUUGGGGCUUGUUUGAUUGAGAAUGAAUUAAAGCGAAAGAUUUUUCUAAACAUGGCAGAUGACGAGUCUAGAAAUUUAUGGUUAACGUAUAUACACUCCAAAGAGAAAUGA